AUGGACCCUGAUUUAUCAAAUUUCAUGGACAUACUUGAAAUAACCACAACACAUUUCAUGGUCCCGCCUAACAACAACGUUACGUUACAAUACAUGACACCUUCGAACAAUAUGAAAAUUGUUGCGAAUGACAAGGAUGUAAUGGAUAUGUUCAAGAACCAUUUGCAAGUAGGUAGCAAAGUGAUCCAUAUUUAUUCACGUCAAAUGCCUGUUGAUAUUGUGGGAUCUUCUCAGUUGACGUGGCCUAAUAUACCUAUAGAGCCUAAUAUCCAUGAUGUCCUUUCGGAUGGAGAUGGAAGUAACAAAGAUUAUCAUGAAGAUGAAGAGGAUCAAAAUAAUGAUUUGUUGGUUGAUGAGGACAAACAUGUUAGUGAAGAAGAAAAUAUGGAGGAUGAUUGCAUCUACAUGGCUAAUAUUGAUUCGGGUGUAGAGGAUGAUGAAGUAGAAGGGUCAACUGAUGAAGAAGAACUUGAAGUUUGGAAUGGGAAUGAAAACAUCUAUCAAGCACUUUGUGUAGGGAUGAAAUUCACAUGUAAGAAAGAGUAUGGUGCGACUACUGAUUGUAAAUGGAGAAUAUAUGCUAUUGUCCGUCGUAUAGAUGGUACAACAAUUGAGAUCCGGAAAAUACAAGAAGAGCAUAGUUGUCCUAGGACAAGCAAUGUCCCCUAUGCUACAUCAGUGUGGUUAGCAGAGAAGAUAGGGGACAAUUUGGGAGAUGAUAGAGAGAAAAGUAUUACAGGGAUAAUGAGAGAAGUUCAAAGGGACUAUGGUGUGACAAUGUCUUAUUCACAAGUACGGAGAGCUAAGAAGAAAGCAAUGGCUUUAAUUGAGGGCAAUCAAGAUGAUCAAUACAGGAUGUUGCCCAGGUAUUUAGAAGCCAUCGUAAAGUGGAAUCCAGGUAGUGUAGGAUUCAUGGAGGGAUGUCGACCUUUCAUUGGUCUUGAUGGUACUCAUCUUAAGACAAUAUGUGGCGGGGUUUUAUUAUGUGCCAUCUCUUUGGAUGCAAAUCAAACUAUAUUUCCUGUUGCUUUGCCAGUUGUAGAGAUUGAGGAUCAACAUUCAUGGGGUUGGUUCCUACAGUGUUUGAAAGAUGCAAUUGGACCAUGGCAGCACCAAGCAUUGAACUUUAUUUCAGACCGACAAAAGGGGCUACUAAAUGCAUUUGAUCGGGUGAUGCCUGGAGCUAGACACAGAUUUUGUGUGAGACAUUUAUACAAUAACUUCAAGGUGAAGUAUCCUGGACGUCUAUUGAAGAAUGCACUUUGGAGUGCAUCAAAUGCAUUCAACAAAGUUGAGUUUAAGAAACACAUGGAUGAAUUAAAGAAAUUAAAUUCAGAAGCAUUUAAUUGGCUUUCAUCCAUUCCAGAUUGGGCUUGGUGUCGACAUGCCUUUGAUAGGCAUACAAAGGCACAGGAGAAUGUGACAAUUUGUGCGAAUCAUUCAACAAUUGGAUUAGAGCAGAAAGGGAUACAUCAAUUAUAA